CCACCGGUUGAUUGGGCGACGGUCUGAUUGCCAAUAAUUUUGGUUGCCUUCCAUCUUGCUCUCCAUCGCAGUUGUCAUAUCGAGGACACGAGAAUCGUUCUCUUCCCUCCACAUACCUGUUCGUCGUCACCUCCUUCAUCCAACCGUCGCAUUUUGGGGCUGCGCCUGCAUCGUUUUGCUCGUCAGUUUUCUCAUUCCUCUCUGAUUUGCUAGCUCCCCCUUCAUCGACGUCCCUACAAGUAUCAUCCCGCAUUCCGCCAUAUAGUCAAGAUGGGUGAAUCUAGGCAGGAACUCAUCACCUGGCUCAACAGCCUGCUCCAGCUAAACAUCACCAAGGUCGAGCAAUGCGGUACUGGUGCGGCGUUAUGCCAGGUCUUUGAUAGCAUCUUCAUGGACAUUCCCAUGCACCGAGUCAAGUUUAACGUCAACUCGGAAUAUGCAUACAUCCAGAAUUUCAAAAUACUGCAGAAUGCCUUCGCGAAGCACCAGAUCGACAAGCCCAUACCCGUGACCGCGCUCGUCAAGUGCAAGAUGCAGGACAACCUCGAGUUCCUGCAGUGGACCAAGAAGUUCUGGGACCUCAACUUCCCGGACCACGAAUACGACGCCGUCGCGCGGCGGAAGGGCGGCGCGCUGCCCUCGGGCGCCCCGGCCCCCGUCCGCGCGGGAGCGGGCAGUGCCGGCGCCGCCCGACGAGGCGGGGUGACCCCGACAACGGGACCGCGCGUGGCCAAGGCGGCCGGACCGGCGACCGCGGCGCUACAGCAGGAGAACGCGAAGCUGGGGGAGACGAUCGUGGGGCUGGAGCGGGAGCGCGACUUUUAUUUCAGCAAACUCCGCGACAUCGAGCUGCUCGUCCAGCAGGCUGUCGAGGAGGACCCGGAGCUGGAGAAGCAGGAGGAUGGGCUCGUCAAGCAGAUCCAGGCCAUUCUAUAUUCCACCGAGGAGGGCUUCGAGAUCCCGGCUGAGGACCAGCUGGACGAGGAGGAGACUUUUUAAGGGUUGGUGUCUGUGCAUCUCGAUUCCACCAGUGACGCGAGAGAGAGAGAGAGAAAAAAAGAGAAAUGCAUCAUGCAUUGGGUGUUUCUAGGGCGUGAAAACGCGCUGAUACGGAGCAAGGCGUAGAAAGAACACAACACAGGAGAAACGAGAAACGAGAAACCC